AGCAGCAGCAGCCAUUUUAGCUGCACAGGACACUGCUUUCCCUUUACGCAUGGAGCAAUGGGGAGCUGACAGUUAACCAUCCGCUUUACAUCUCUACCAGGCUGGCUGUGAAAGUACAGGUGCCAUGGUCACGCUGAAUCACUUGAGUGUCGAGACCCCGGACGACGGCUCUCCACUCCUGCCUGAGGCUGCGGAGGCUGCAACACCAACGCCUCUCUUUCACUGGCAGCAAGUGAUUGCAAAGACUGACUCCAGGGAAUCUUUCCUUGGCAGGAGAGAAAACUUUGCCUUCAGUCUGGUGCUGCUCAUUGGAUGCUACUCGGCUAUUCUGAUUCCUGCAUAUCUCCCCUUGGAUAAAGUGGCAGCUGUCAGUGACGACAACCCACAUCCUGAAGAUUUGGUCUUACUAAAUCAGUCAGCCUCCCUACUUUCAGGCCCCUGUCAGCCUCGCUGGUGCUUGAACCACCUCAAGCCCUUGUCAUGUUGUGCAGGCCUCCUAGACAUCCCUGUGUUUGUGCAGCAGGAAAGGUCUGUGCCCUGGGAUCUGUCCCCUCCUCUGGGGCUCCAGGGCAGUGAGGAGCAUCUGGCCCUUGCUCUUGCAUCUCUGCCUCAGCCUGGCCUGCCUCCAUCGCUGAAGAGGGAAGGCAACUGCAGGCGAUGUGUGGUGGUGGGCAGUGGAGGGGUUCUACAUGGGAGCCAUCUUGGAUCCCAUAUAGAUCAGUAUGACAUCAUUAUCAGGCUGAAUAAUGCUCCAGUGUCUGGCUAUGAGAAAGACGCUGGUUCUCGCACCACCAUCCGCCUGAUCUACCCAGAGGCAGCACCUCACUCCGCAAACGAGUACAAAAAGACCACCAUGGUUGCUCUGGUGGUCUUUAAGAGCCUGGACCUGGACUGGCUCACUUCUGUCAUCACCAAACAGCCUCUGAGCUUUUGGUCCAAAAUAUGGUUCUGGAGGGAGGUGGUGGAUGAUAUUCCACUGAGACCAGAGAACUUCAGGAUCCUCCACCCAGAGAUUAUUCAUAAAACGGGACAAGUCCUGCAGAAAUAUGCUCUGAAACAGGGAAACAUGGUGCCAACACUGGGCGCCAGUGCGUUGGUGAUGGCUUUGCAGCUGUGUGACCAGGUGAGCCUGGCAGGUUUUGGCUACGACAUGCAGCACCCUGGGGCCAGGCUUCACUACUAUGAGACCAUACGCAUGGACGCAAUGAAGGCUCAAGUGGUGCACGACGUUAAUGCUGAGAAACUCUUCUUGAGGGACCUGGUGGCUGCAGGAGCUGUGACAGACCUCACAGGUGCUCUGUAAGUCAGCAGAGGGUGAUAAUAUACUGAACCUGACAUGCACUCCUUCCUCUCACUGGGAGCCUGUGUGCAGUCCUCCAUAACGGUGCCCUGCUGGACGAAAUCCUACAAAGUGUGAACUGACCUUUGAAAAUACUCACAGUCUCCCGGGUUGACUGAAGAGUGAGCAAAUUAAAGGUUAGACAAGCUCAUGAUUGGUAAGACUUAACCUAGCAUAUCUAGUAAAUUCAAUGAAUUUAUUGCAUCACUAGCUGUUACGCAUAUAGUAAUGGUCAUAUGGAUGAAUAAUUGUGUCAUCACACAUGGGAACACGAUCAGCGACUGACAUGGCUGAUUUGUAAAAAUAAUGGUUCAAAUAGUGCUAUUACAAUUGUGUUUACAAUGACUCAAUAAACAAAUGAAUGUGAGUACUGAUAUUUAUUAUCUCCACAGAAUAAUCUAAAUUAUUUGAGACAUACAAUAAUACCUAUUGAAGGCUUCAUUCAUACAUGUUAAGACACUAGCAGUAGUAAAGGCAACAAUGGACAGUAUCUGCAUUUAUAAAAAUUGAUCAGCUGCAGUUUUUUAAAAAGUGAACACAACAUUUUUUUUUUAAAGUAUUACUAAUGAAUAGAAAACAGGUCAUAAGUGAGAAUUCAAAAAUAUAUUACAAAAAUCAAGAUAUUCUAAAUACACUUCACACAAAACAGUGCAUGUUGGUGUUUGACUGUGUUCUAAUGAACAACGUUAGGUGAAUCUAUCAGAGGCUAAAUAACCUUACACACCAUGAAAAAGGUGGAAACAUGAAACACAAGCUGGACACCAUAUAUCUAUAGAGAGUAAACAGUUGUUUGCGAAACAAUGAUCGAGUACCUUGGCUAUACUGUGACUCAGUUCAAGUGUGUGGAUGUGUCUACAGCAGUGGAUUGCGUGUAGGCUCCCACAGUUUGCUUGCCAGCUGUCUGCAGUGCUGGAGGAUGAUCUCAGCGGGGAUGACCCCCAGGUGAACUGUCAGCAGCUCGUAACACUUCACCACCUCGCCCUGGUGAUUCUUGCUGUAGUACCUCAGCAGCUUCCUGCAGGACACAUUCCUUUCUAUAGUCAGCAGCACUCUUGUUUGGAUUAAUCACAUCUAUUUUUGGCAUUCGCUGUUUACCUGUAGUAGUCCCAGGCAAGCAUCCCAAUGGGAGCAGAGUCAUCAGGAAGGAUGGGUAUGUCUCCUGCCUCCAACUUGAAGCCCUGAUUGAUCAGAUUUACAACUUAUAUGAUGCUGUAUCUUUUACGUUUACAGUAUUCCAGGGUGCUUAAUUCAUUUUUGUGUUAUUACUGAAUACUAAAACAUGACAUUCCAGUAACGUACAGAUUCAUUUUCAAACCAGAGGAAGUAGCAGAAGUAGAAGUCUCCGUCGCGCAAUGUUACCGUAGAGUAACCCUUCUGGAGAUAACGCUGUGUUGUGUUGACCAGGCUCCACACCUUUAGGAGUGAUUAGUAAGGAGAAAUUUAUUUGAGACAAAAAUGAGCAGAACUAUUGAAGCAGUAAACUAUUUAACAGAAUACUUCAUAUUUUUGGGGGAAAUAUGCUUAUUUCCUUUGUUAGAGAUACUUCGCUUUUAACUGUAUGGUAAAUAUGAAGCUAGAGAAUGUUUUAGCUUAGCUUAGCACA